AUGAGCAACAAAUCAUUUGACAUGAUGCUUGAUGCAUUUAAGGAUAUGCUUCCCGAUAAUAAUGUGUUACCAAAGUCUCAUUAUGAGACUAAAAGCUUGUUACGAGACUUGGGUCUCGGAUAUGAUUGUAUACAUGCAUGUAAACAUGAUUGUGUUCUAUUUUGGAGGGAAAACGCAAGUAAAGAAAAUUGUCCACAAUGUGGUGAAUCGAGGUAUAAACCUCACGAAGGUAAGGGUAAGAAAAUCCCUCAAAAGGUUCUCCGGCACUUCCCAUUGAAAUCAAGACUUCAACGGUUGUUUAUGUCAAAGGAUACAGCCUUAGAUAUGCGGUGGCAUAAGGAGAAACGUGUGAAGGAGACAAAUGAGUUAAGACAUCCAGCUGAUUCAAAAGCUUGGGAGGAUUUUGAUAGUAAGCAUAGUUGGUUUGCUGCUGAUCCUCGUAAUGUUCGUGUUGGAUUAACAACUGAUGGAUUCAAUCCAUUUGGAAAUAUGAGCAAUGCGUAUAGUAUGUGGCCUGUGAUGAUUGUGCCUUACAAUUUGCCACCUUGGAUAUGUAUGAAGGAGCCAUAUAUAUUUAUGUCGUUGCUUAUUCCUGGUCCAACAUCGCCUGGUAAUGAUAUUGAUGUGUACAUGCAACCUUUGGUUGAAGAGUUAAAAGAAUUGUGGCGGGAUGGUGUGAUGACUUAUGACGCGUACAGUAAAUGUAACUUUAAAAUGCAUGCGGCAAUGAUUUGGACCAUUAGUGAUUUUCCCGCCUAUGCGAUGGUAUCUGGAUGGAUGACAAAGGGUUAUCUAGCAUGUCCGAAUUGUAACAAAGAAACAUGUUCUUGUUUUUUGAAACACAGACGUAAGAUAUGCUACUUGGGAAGUUGUAUGUUUUUAUCGUUAGAUCACAUUUUCAGAAACCAUCACAAGCAAUUUAAUGGCAAAAGUGAAGACAAAGGGCCACCAAAGCAGUUGACGGGUGAUGAUAUUCUAGAACAACUUAACCUCAUACCCGAGGUUAGUUUCGGAAAGGGGCCAAAUAAAAAGAAGCGAACUCGUGAGGAAUUUGAACUUAACUGGACGAAGAAGAGUAUUUUCUUUGAACUACCUUACUAG